CAUCAAUCCUGAACUCCGAUACUCUGUGCCUAUCAUAUGGAUUAUGUGGAUAAGGAGGCGGAGCGGAGUAAAUCUUAGCCCAAAAUGAAUUAGCUGCUGGAUACCCUGGAUACCCUUCGACCGGGGUAUAACGCGAUGAACCGGUAGAACAACCAUCUAACUUAGCUCCUUAUCCCCCACGAUCUCGUCCACCCACUCAUUUUUCUAUCCUUUUUUCCUCCGUCUUUCUCUUGGAAAUAGGGGAGUAUUGAAAAUCAUGAAAGCCAUAGGGAUUCGCCAGAUCCCCGGAAAGCCGGGACAAGUCUACUACCCCUUAGAGUACAUCACAUUACCGCCGCCGACCCCGAAGAGCAAUGAGUUAGUUGUCAAGAUACUAGCAGCAGGCUUGAAUCACCGCGACCACUUUAUUCGAGAGCACUUGUACCCCGGAGUUGCGUUCUCAGUGCCGCUGUUAACCGACGGUGUUGGCAUCGUUGUUUCUGCCGGAAAGUCGAAUUCACAAUGGGUUGGGAAACGAGUUGUGUUGGCUCCGGGACGGGGGUGGGAGGCUUCCCCUGAUGGCCCAGAAACUUCUCCUUAUGCAAUCCUAGGUGGCACUAAACAUGCUCCUCAAGGAACGCUUGGCGAGGUGAUUGUGGUGCCAGAGAACGAAGUUGAGGAAGCACCAGCCCACUUGAGCCUUCAUGAAGCGGCUGGGCUACCGCUAUGUGGAUUGACGGCUUAUCGGGCUGCCUUCACUAAAGGGAACGUCAGGGCGGGUGAUAAUGUACUCAUCACGGGGAUUGGGGGUGGAGUUGCGUUGGCCGCGUUGGGUUUCUGCGUAGCGGUCGGCGCAAAUGUUUGGGUUACGAGCGGAAGUCCAGAGAAGCUAGAGGCAGCAAAAAAGUUGGGAGCGAGAGGGGGGGUUAGCUACAAAAAAGUGGGGUGGGAGAGAGAAUUGAAGUCAAUGUUGCCUUUGCCAGCAGAGAGGUCGUGGUUGGACGUUGUAAUUGACGGAGCGGGGGACGAUGUCUGCUCGAGAACCGUCCCGAUACUGAGAGCGGGGGGAAAGAUUGUCUCAUAUGGUAUGACACUCGCGCCCAAGACUCCGUUCACCAUGUCAGCGGUAUUUAAAAACGUCGAGAUACGCGGAACAACCCUCGGAUCCCGAAAAGAGUUCGGAGAAAUGGUGGAAUUUGUCCGCAAGCACAAACUUGGUGUUGUAGUAUCCAAGGUGGUUGAGGGCUUGACCAUCGAGGCAUGUGAGGAAGUUUUCGAGAUAAUGAAGGGGGGAAAACAAUUCGGCAAACUGAUUGUCAGGGUUGCGGAUGAGGAGGGGACGACACCUUCAAAACUUUAA